AUUUGUGUAUCUUUACGCUUGGGGUUCCUGUGGUGAAGGUCAAUAUGGCGGACAUUUCAAAACAAGAAACAGUAGAAUCAGAUGAACAAGAGCUCAGCAAAGCCUCCGCUAAAAGGAAAUAUCUCUUAGUAGAUGCAGACCUAGAGGAUUUAGAUCACGAACUAAAGGAUAAUCCAUUGAGCAAAGCAUAUGCUCCCAUGAAGGUUUUUAAAGCAGGUGAGGUAAAAAGAGUUGCAAUUGAUAAAUGGGGGAGUUUGGAAAACAUAAAAAUUGAACAGCAAAAGAGAAACGAGAGACAGACAAACUUGACAGAACAGAGAGAAAAUGAAAUGAGACAGUUCUGGGAUCGCGAAGAAACUUAUGAACCAAUGAAGAAGUUUAUGGACAAAAUUGAUCUUCCAAAAACAAAUUUAGCAGAAGAGCAAAGUGCAGAUGGUUGCAAGAAUAUUCUAUCCAGUGAUGUUAUCUUGUGUUUUUGUGACUGUAUGAAUAGCAGACCACCAGGGAGAUUUGGAAAAAUGAUUUACAAAACAUUUCCAGCUGCCUCAGACGUGAAUAAGGCAACACCAUACAAUGAUAGAAGAAAAAUGGGACAUUUUUCAUGGUCCUUGGUAAAUAAUGGUGACAAGGAUCAGCUGAUUGUAAAUCUCUAUGUAGUGCACAAGUGGACCUUCAAGUCAAAAGGCCAGACGUCAUUUCCGGUGCUUAUUUUUGGUGCUUUGGAGCUUGCCCUCAAGAGAUUAUCAAAGCUUCUUGCAGACGAAUGGAAGAAAAACUCACAAAACGAGUUUGGUUUGAGCAUUGGUACAUACAGUCCUUACAAAGUUGAACCUGAAAAAUUCAACAGCACAUUAAAGGAAAGCUUUGAACUUCCUGUUAAAGUAUUCGCUGAUUCAGCCAUUGAUUAAGCCCCAAACACAUCACUACUACUCACUGUUUCCUACUCUGCGGUCCUAUCUGUGUAAAUGGACAAAUUGCGUUGUUGUACUUGUGUUCGUGUUCUAAUUUAAAAGUCCUUUACUAAAAGACAGUCUUAUUAAAAUAAUGAUUAUUUGAACUCUUGAAGGAAUGGAGUGCUUCAGAAAACGUGAAUCAAGAACGAAUACAAAACAAAACAAAAAAGCCAUUAAAUACAUGUACAUCAGGUCAAAAACGUUUCUUGCUUCUGUGGUCUUUCUUCUUUAUUGGACUUAGAUUAACUCGAACACUCAACAGUAAUAUUCACUUUCGCCAUUAUUUCCUAUAAAAGUUUCUAAGCGCUUUGGAAUGUAU